AUGGGCUCUCUUGAGAACAAGACGUCUGUAGACAAGAUGGAGUAUGACACAAAAGAGAAGCUCGCUGCCUUAAGCGUCAUCGAUCCAGAGAUCGCAGAGUACCUGGCAGGUGAGCAUCCCUUGCCAGAGUCAGCUCCCCCGGCCCCAGACACGGAAUUCGAGUACUCCAUCCAAAUCCCAAUGCGCGAUGGUGGCCGUGAACAAGAAGCCCGCGUCCACAAGCCCUCCACGUCAACAGGCGCAAAGUCCCCAGUCAUCGUUCUCAUCUAUGGAGGCGCCUUCACAAUGGGUGACUGUCGCCAGAUGAGCCCCUGGGCCAGGAUUGCCGGGAAUCUCUACAACGCCACUGUCAUCAACCUCUCCUACCGUCUGGCACCUACGCACCCUUUCCCCGCGGCCCCCAAUGAUGUUGAAGAUGGGCUCAAGUGGGUUUCUGAGAAUGCGCACACAUUAGGCGGCGACUUGAGUGCAGGGUUCAUUAUCGGAGGUCCAUCCGCCGGCGCGAACCUGGCAGCCGUCAUGGCACAGAAGACAGUUGAUGGCACCACGAAGCUCGGGGCCCCUCUCACCGGCGUCUGGCUCCUGGCACCGCUUUUCCUCGAGGACGACAUAGUGCCCCCAGAGUACAAGGAUAUCUUCCUCGCAAGAGAGCAGAAUGCCGAGGCCCCAAUCUUCAGUAAAGUAGCCUGGGGUUAUCUUGCAGCCAAUUACAAGGCAGACAUCAAAUCAGUGGAUUAUUCGCCUUUCAACUCGAAGAAUCCUCACGUCGGAAUGCCACCGACAGUUGUGCAAGUUGGAGGUCUAGACUUCCUCAGGGACGACGGGCUUGUUUACGAGAAAGCUCUCAGAGCACACGGGGUUGAAACCCGGCUAGAUGUGUAUCCCGGCGCUCCACACGGACAUUUUAUAUUCCCUGGUGUCAAGUCCGCGUUCAAGGCGAACAUUGAUAUCUUCAAAGGCCUCGGAUGGCUUCUCAAGCAGGAGGCUUCGGAGGAUGAGAUCAAGAAGGCGGUUGUUGCGGAUCCUUUCAUGACUGUUCCGGAGAAAUCAUCAACGGCCUAUGACGCCGUAUUCCGAUGA